GCUCCUUCAGCUCUCAAACCCACAGAAAGAAAGCCGCGUUCACCAAAGAGAAGUGGGAGAGAGAGAGGCCUCAGAGAUCAUAGUCGUCUUCUUUAAUUCUCGGGCACGUACUUUCAAGCCUCUUCAUCUCUGGUCGCUUACCUGCCGGCACCGGCGGACGUCUGUUCUGGAACUUCAGUUCCAAUGGAAGCUUGAUUCAAAUGAUUCAGUUUUUCCCUGGUUUUCAUAGGACAAGGACAUUGGAAUCAAGGUGGUUGGGUACGGAUCAAAUCAGUCUAGAGGAGCAACAAGAUCCGCCACCCCAUUACGGCGUUGCAGCCUCUCAAAAGUUCCAGAAAGGUCGUUGAUAUCAUUGAGGGUUCUUAUGUUCAAAUUUGCAUAUCGUUUCUGAUCAUCAAGCAUCAUAGUCCAAAGCCCCAGCCAGUAAUGGAAGAAGACGACGUCGGCAGCAACCAAUAUCCUAAAAAUGUAAUCAACAAAUCCAAUAGCCUUCAUGCUGGGAUCUUGGCCUCUCGCAUCUUUGAUGUCCACUGGAGCAACACCGCAAAAGGCCAAGGUGCCGGUGGAGGAACGAAACUGGAAGGUGACGGUCACAACUUGGGCAGCAUCAAUAUUAAUGAUAAUAUAAUUACCGCACCCAAUGGAGAGUCAGAUGUUGGGUUGUCCAUCAUUCACAACAAAGUACGUGCCUUCUGGAGCCGAGGUCAAGGUGGACGUAAAUUCAAAGGCAUCUUUCACAAUAUUUGUGAGAAUGAAAUUACUGCAGAAAAUGGAUCCACAGAAGUUGGGUUAGAAAACUUUGGCAACAUCAACUACAACUGCAAGACUACUAGUAUUAAAGAAUCCACAAAAGUUGGGUUAGAACGUAUCAGUCACAACAUUUAUAGGACCCCUUUUGUCAGCUUCAGCUGUGGGGGAUGGGCAAGUCUUCCCGUGCUCGUCUUUUUGAUUCUGGAUAAGUUAUUAGAACCCAUUGACCAUGUUCAUUUUGCUGCUGUUUGCAAGCAAUGGCGUUCUAUGUCCAAACUCUAUAAUCAAGCAACGCAACGGUGGUGCAAUAAACAACUUCCCCCCAUGCUCUUGAUCCCAAACCAGGACGAUGACCACCGAAGAGUAGUGUACAGCAUUUCUGAAGGAAGAGUUUAUAACAAUAUUCGGCUGCAAGUACCUUUUAGCAGGAGGUGUUGCGGCUCUAGCCACGGCUGGUUGGCCACAGUUGAUACAACAGAGCAAGGAUGUCCCAUGGUAGUACUCAGGAACCCCUUCACAAAAGCAAAGCCCAUCUUUCUCCCUCCCUUGGAUAUCCUUAUCGCAAAGUACGAAACCUCUUAUCAUGAGCAUUACGUUCGUAAGGUUAUCUUGUCCGUUGACCCCACUAUGAAUCCAGAGAAUUAUGUGGUAGUAGCACUUUACGGUCGCUGGCCUAUGUUGGCUUUCAUCAAGUCUGGUCAAAACACUUGGACUUACCCCAGCCCAAAUGGUAACUUUAGUGAUGUUAUAUUCUAUAAAAGCAAAGUGUACGCACUUGAAGCCAUGGGAGACAUUGAGUCAUUGGAUGUUUUUAGCAGUGAUUAUAACCCUUCACAGCCGCCACAGCUGAAGCCGCGCACACCUUUUCAGCCAUUUCAACCUUAUUGUUUUCAUGCAUAUCUUGUGGAAUCAACUAAGGGAGAUUUGUUGCAUAUCUUAAGGUUUUAUGCGUUAAUUGACGGUAGGUUUAGGCAUGGUGCUGGGCGGCGGACUACGCACUUCGUGAUUUACAAGUGGGUGUUUGACAAUGAAGAUGAAGGAUGUAUUGGGCACAAUGUUGAGGUGAAAAGCAUUGGAGAUGAGGCUGUGUUCGUGGGCGACAAUCAUUCAAUCUCUAUUUUGGCUUCAAACCUUCCUGGAUGCCAACCAAAUUCCAUAUAUUACAGCGAUGAUUACAUAUCAAACUAUCCAUCCUUAGAGGGUGAUGAACCAUAUGAUAUGGGUAUCUUCAACUUAGAGGACGGAACCAUCACACAACAUUACUCUCUACACUCCAAUUCUCAGAGAGCGAUUUGGGUUGUGCCACCAUUUAAUGGACUAUUUGAUAUGUUAUGAUGAUGAUCAACAGCACCACCUUCAUGAUAUUCGUUGUUGAAGUCAAAAAUACCAAUGUUUCUGCUGCUGCGGUAAUUACGUUCUCACGAAUAUUCCAGUUUCUUUUUGUGGGCGUUCUGUUUGAGUUUCAGAAACUUUUCUAGAGGAACCAGUAAAGGGUUUUGUUGCCAUCUCCUUGUGCAGGUGAGCUUCAUUUGGAGACCCAUCGAUCUUUUAUAGAGCUAAGGAGAAAAAAGGAAAUAACAAAAGGUCCUGAUAAUCAACUUGGAUUAGUAUAGUCAAGACUCAAAAGCCUCUUCAUCUCUGGUCGCUUACCUGCCGGCACCGGCCCGGCGGACAUCUGUUCUGGAACUUCAGUUCCAAUGGAAGCUUGAUUCAAAUAAUUCAGUUUUUCCGUGGUUUUCAUAGGACAAGGAGAUUGAAAUAAAGGAGGUUGGGUAUGGAUCAAAUCAGUCUAGAGGAGCAACAAGAUCCGCCACCCCAUUACGGCGUUGCAGCCUCUCAAAAGUUCCAGAAAGGUCGUUGAUAUCAUUGAGCUCCAGCCAGCAAUGGAAGAAGAAGACACCAGCAACAGAUAUAGUGCCACAAAUGAUAUAAGAGGCCUCGAUGGCGCAGCUGAUUUUGGGAUUAUUUAGUCUCCCAACUCAGACGAUCUCAACUGGAGCAACGCGGCCCAAGGCCAAGGUGGUGAAAGAGGAAAGAAACCCAAAGGUGAAGGUCACAAGAUUUAUGAAAAAACAAUUACCGCACUAAAUGGAGAGUCAAAUGUUGGGAAAUUCAGCUUUCACAAGACUUCAGCAAUGGCGGCCAAGGGCAAGGUAGCCGUGAGUUCGAAGAUAUCUGUCACAAGAACAUUCGUCAUAAUAAAAUUACUGCAGAUAUAGAUCCACAAAAGUUGGGUUUGAAAACUUUGGCAACGUCAACUACAACUGCAAGACUACUAGUACUAAAGAUCACGGCAAAGCAGCAGGGGGCUUGAGCAGGAGCCAAGCCAAUAUUCUCAAAAAUAAAAUUACAGCACGCAAUGGAUCCUCAUCUGUUGGGAUGUUCAACUUUCACAACGUCUACAUCAAUGACGGCCAAGGUCAAGAUGGCUUCUUGAAACACAAAGGUAUCAGUCACAGCAUUGAUGAAAAUACUAUUAUAGCAGUUAAUUCCCGAAGAGUUGGGAUGCAAGACUUUGGCAACAUCAAAUACUACUGCGAGGAUAAUAUAAGUAGAUUCUUGCAUUUUUUCGGCUUAUGAUAUUAAUUCCAGAAUUUCUUUAGCCAUGUGUGGAUAUACCAUAUGAGAAUUUGAUGUUGCCAUUGGACUCCUCUGCAUUUGUAUAAACUCUUUCUAGUUAUUGUAAAACCUAUUAGACGGCUUACAUGAGUAAAA